CAUUUUGCAGUUAGUUCUUACAUCAAGAACGGGAGCGAGAGGGAGAAAGCGCUGGAACUCCAACUGUUUGAGAUGGAUUUCAUGAGGAAGCUGAGCUUUCUGGUGUUCCUACUGUGCGUAUUGAUAUCUUUGAAGAAAGAGAAUGCAGAAACAAAGAAAGGUUUUCCGAACAGAAUUUGGCCUGCCUCCGAUUCAGCUUCUUCGAUUUUGGAAACUCCUCCAUGGAUGUCUCGUCCCGGCACUCUAGAAUACGAUUUCUACCGGGAAUCUUGCCCCCAAGCCGAACAAAUCAUUCGAUCGACGGUUCGCCGUUUCUACAGAGCCAACCCCAAUGCCGUUCCUGCUCUGUUGCGGCUGCUCUUCCAUGAUUGCUUCAUUGAGGGCUGUGACGCCUCAGUUUUGCUGGAUCCGGCCGAUGGAGUGGACAGUGAGAAGGACUCUCCUCCCAAUGAAACAUUGAAAGGCUUCAAUCUAAUCGACGUCAUCAAGUCCGAGCUUGAAGAAGUUUGUCCGGGAACAGUUUCUUGCGCGGAUAUUGUGGUUUUGGCUGCUAGAGAGAGUGUUGCUCUGGCCGGGGGCCCGUUUUACCCUCUGCAAACUGGUAGGCGAGACAGCUACAGAUCUUUCUUGGAAGCUGCAGCUUACCAGCUUCCUAGUCCACAAGACAAUCUUCAAGAAACCAUUGCAAAAUUUGCUUCGAGGGGGUUCAAUGAACGAGAGACAGUAGGCCUCUUAGGUUCUCAUAGCGUUGGAACAAUUCAUUGUAAAUUCAUCCUGAACCGGCUUUACAACUUUGGCGGCACCGAUGAGCCGGACCCAACAAUGGAUAUUGAGUUCCUAAAUCACUUGAGAUCCACAUGCAACAACAGCAACGCUUCGUUCUCUUCAUCCCCAUCGCCAUCACCAUCGCCAUCUCCCUCACCUCAGGAGCCUGGAGUUGAGAUGGACUACGGAGGGAAGGAAUCAGAUUUUGGCACACUGUACUACCGUAACCUUCUGCAGGCCAGAGGAAUCCUCUAUGUCGACCAGCAGCUAACAGCAGGGGAAGAAACUGAAAACUGGGUUAGAGCAUAUGCCUCAGACAUAUCCUUGUUCCGACUGGACUUUGCCCGGGCAAUGAUGAAGCUUUCCAAUCUAAGAGUGUUGACUGCACCAACGGGUCAGGUUCGGGUGAGUUGUCGAAAAGUGGCCUGA